AUGUGGUUCCUACACUCUGUAUGGAGGAAAUUAACCCAGAGCAGGGCGGUAGACUCCGCCGGCCCUCUGGAAAGGGCGUUCUUUGAAUCCGUUUACCGACUCGCCUUUGUAACUGGUUUAUCCACAUCAGAUGACUACAUGGGGUACAUGAUAUACAGCAGCAGUGUCAGGAUGCUAAGCGCCCUGGUCGUAAUCUGUGAGAUAUGGCAUGCCCUGGGGAACAACAUGAGCUUGGAUGAGCUGAUAUCUAGCGUUAACGUUAUCUUCAUACACUUGAUCACUCUUUGGAAACUUAUGAUUAUGGUGAGCAACAAAAAAGUCUUCAAGAAAUUAGCAAAGGCUUUGGAGUCUCCAAGUUUCGAUAUAUCUACUGAAAACAGACAGGCCAUUGUGAAUCAUUGGGUUCUCACGCACAAGAAAUACUUAAAAGUUUUGCUGUUGCUGGCCUAUCUUACGCUGGCAGUGUGGGUACUACACCCACUAGUAGACGACAUGGAUUUCAACUUAAUGGUGGACGUGAAGCUCCCCUUUGCCUACGACAGUCCCCUUCGUUACGUCAUCUCCUACCUAUUUGUGGGCACUAUGUUCAGCUAUGCGUCCUCCAUGGUGAUAAUGUCUGAGGUCAUCAUGCAGGCCCAUCUGAUACCACUUGUGUGCCAGUUCAAUGUGCUGGCAAACUGUUUUGAGAAUGUCUUUGAAGAAUGCGCUUCGGAAUUUCCAGAUAUAAACAAGCAUGAGUUGGUGAAGCACAACGCAUUUGUUGAGAAAUACAGGAAGAGAUUGGGCGAUUUGGUUAAACAACAUCGGGAGAUUUUAGACCAAACUACAGAUCUGAAGACAAUACUAAGCGCUCCAAUGCUGGGACAGCUCGCUUGCAGCGGCUUACUCAUAUGUUUCGUCGGUUAUCAAGCAACCGCUACGAUUGCAGAAAACUUGGGCAAAUUCGUUAUGAGCCUUUUUUAUUUGGGAUACAACAUGUUCACAUUGUACAUCAUUUGUCGAUGGUGCGAAGAAAUAACUAUUCAGAGUCAGCGUAUAGGCCAAUCGGCGUACUUCUCAGGCUGGGAGAGCGGUGUGUCGCAUGUGCCCGGCGCCCGCGCAACUAUCAUAUUGGUGAUCGCGCGCUCCAACAAACCCCUUGUGUUCCUCGCUGGGGGCAUGUACACGCUUUCCUUAACCUCGUAUACUAGUCUGGUGAAGGCUUCAUACAGUGCUUUGAAUAUUCUUCUUACGACAAAACACGAGUAG